CAAUUCAAAGAGCAUUUACACUUGAGUGCGGACCGACCCAGGCCGGAUCGGGUUACUUUAAAGUUCUAAUGUGCUCCGGCUAGAAAGUAUACUUGAGGCCUAUAAUUAAACACAUCUCCCAUCCCCAAAAAAAGAAAAGAAAAAAAUAAAUAAAUUAGAGUAACGAUGGGCUGCUGUGGCGGUGACGACGACGAAGCACCACCACCGCCACCACCGCAACCACCCGUGCUAUCCCCGCCUUCAGAACUUCUCGAACCGCCGAAGUCAAUUCUCCACCAAAUUUCACCCUCCGCCGCCGCGGCCAUCACAAUCUCCCCGAUGAAUUCCAACUUCUCGGCUCUCUUAUGCAAGGACACUCUCCGCACAAUCCUGGGGAAGCUGCCUCUCACCGACCUCGCCACUUCGGCCUGCGUUUGCCGCCUCUGGCGAUCGGUGGCGUCCGACGGUGAGAUGCAGAUUCGUGCCUUCAUGACUCCAUGGAAGCUCGGAAGUGUCAUCGGAAAACCUAGCUCCGGCGUCUUCUGGCGGGACAAUUCACUCUCUAAAUUCGCCAUUUCUCACCGUGUUUCGCGUGCCGACUCCAUCGCUAGCCUGGCUGUUAAGUACUCCGUUCAGGUUAUGAACAUAAAACGCUUAAAUAACAUGAUGAGCGAUCACGGUAUAUACUCCAGGGAGCGGCUGCUAAUCCCUGUAAGCAAACCAGAAAUUCUCGUGAAUUCGACAUGCUACAUAGAAGUGGAUACCCAUGCAAAAAGGGAGGUGGCGGUUCUGUAUCUUGAUGGUGGGCCCCACGGGAAUCUUGCCCCCCUUUCGAAUAGUCCGACCACUGAGCGAGGCAAAAGAAGGGUGAUUGAGUCGUUGAAGAGGAGCAUGAAUGUGGAUGAUGGCACCGCUCAAUACUACUUGGCUAUAUCGAACGGUGAUCCACGAGCCGCUCUCUCACGAUUCUCCGAAGAUGUCACGUGGGAGAGGCAGGUUAGUUUCACAUAGUAAUAUUUCUAUUGCUGUUAAAAAAGAAAAAAAAGGAAAAAAAAUAAAAACCCGACUUGUUUCUGUUCGGGAUUGUUGAACGAGGAUGGAAUUUGCAGCAUUGGGUUUUCAUCGGUGUUUUAUUGCUGUAGACUUCAUAUCUCGGGCUUACUGGAAUUUUCCGUUGCCUUUGCCCAAAGUAACAAGGGGGGGAAGUCAUCUCUUGAUGUUAUAUUGUGUAGUACUUGAAUAAAAUUUGUUGUGUAAGGAAGAGAACCCAAUGUAUAGUUUUGUAUUAUAUUGAGCUCGUGUUUCGACAAUUAUCAACAAUUUGUACAGGUACCUCGGCGUCUAUUUUAUAUCGAUUUGUAUAUUAAAUUCAAUG